AUGCUUAGCUAGGCAUCAGGUUAACCUGCCUCCUUGUUGCAAGUGAAAAGGACAGGGUACCAUAGGACGUCAUGGGGCUAUUAUCAGACCCAAACCGCAGGAGAGCUCUGACCAACCUUCUGACCCGGCUCAACACUCCUAUUUGUGUGGUGUGCUACCUGGCAGGUGUGGCUUGGUUCAUGGGCCUUGCAUUUGAGCCCUUUACGCUGCGAACUUACAUGUCAGAAAAUGCCAUGGGUUCCACUAUGGUGGAGGAGAGGUUCCCAUCCGGGGAGCGGGCUGUUGCCACAGGAAGGGAGUUUUCUGCUCACAAGAGGAAGGUUGGUGGGAUGCCUGUGGAUUGGCUGGUGAAAACCAUGCAAGCGCGUGGACUGGAGGUCUACACCCAGCGGUUCUCUCGCACCCUGCCUUUCCCCGAUGAGAACAAAGAGAGAUACAUGGUGCAUGGUACUAAUGUCUAUGGAAUCCUGCGCGCCCCCCGAGCGCCACGCACAGAAGCGCUGGUGCUCACCGCUCCCUGCACCGAGGGCAACAGCAACAACCAGGCAGUGGGGCUCCUGCUUGGGCUGGCACAGUACUUCAGGAAUCAGGUCUAUUGGGCUAAAGACAUCAUAUUCCUUGUGAAUGAACAUGACCUUAUCGGCAUGCAGGCCUGGCUGGAAGGCUACCAUCACACCAAUAUCACAGGCAUGGACUGGACUCCCCUGCAGGGCCGAGGAGGCUCUAUCCAGGCUGCCCUGUCUCUGGAGCUCAGCUCAGAUGUCAUCACCAGCUUAGACCUAGUUCUGGAGGGUCUCAACGGCCAGCUCCCCAACCUGGACCUGGCCAACCUCUUCUACGCCUUCUGUCAGAAAAUAGAUAUCCUCUGUACCAUCCAGGGCAAGCUCCAGAGGAGUGACUGGGACACCCCGUCGGGCUACACGCACGCGGCCCAGACCAUGAUGUUGAUGGUGAUGAAACAGGCCAGCGGGCGAUCCUGGGGGGACCACGGCCUCUUCCUGCGCUACCACAUCGAGGCCGCCACCAUCAAGGGCGUCAACAGCUUCCGCCAGUACAAGACCGAUGCCACCACCAUCGGCAGGCUCCUGGAGGGCAUGUUUAGGAAGUUAAACAACCUCCUGGAGCGUCUCCACCAAUCCUACUUCUUCUACCUGAUGCCAUCCCUCUCCCACUUCGUCUCCAUUGGCUACUACAUGCCAGCAUUUGGCCUGCUGGCUGUUAUCCUUCUUCUCCGAGCAUUGGACCUGUGGGUACACCUGGGGACUCUGCCUCCAACAGAGGAUGGAGUAGCAGGGGAGGAGUCUGAUUCCAGCCCUAGUGCGCUGUCCAUCCUGACCCCAGUGGUCAUCAGUCACAUGACGGGUGUGGCUCUGUACUCCCUGCCCAUCCGUUCUCAGGAGAUGGCCGUGGAGCACUUCCCCGUGUCUGAGACGGAGGCGGUGGUCCUCACGGCCAUCGCCAUCUACACAGCCGGCCUGGCCCUGCCCCACAACACACACAAGUUCCUGGCCGGGGAGGGCACAGAGAAGGGCUGGAGGGUGCUGAAGCUGGUGGCCCUGCUGUACCUGGCUGUGCUGCUGGGCUGCACCGCCCUCAUCAACUUCUCCCUGGGCUUCAUCCUGGCUCUCUCCAUGGUGCCCAUCGCUGCCUUCAUCACACCCCACGUGCCCAAGGUGCUAAGUGCCACCAUCAUGAUUCUCCUGAGCCCCGGGUUCACACUGCUCUAUUGCGUGUUUGUCUACCAAGAGCUCCAGGAGUCACCGGUCUCCCUGGCUGAGGGCUGGAUGCUCUUCCUGUCGGUCAUCUCGCAGGGCAUCUUGGACCACAGCCUGUACGGCUCGCUGGUCUACCCUCUGCUGGCUCUGUUUGUCUACCCCUGCUGGCUGCUCUUCUGGAACAUUCUCUUCUGGAAGUGAAGGAGUCGUGUCUGAGCAGCAACCAGAGUACUGCUCGGUCCAGGGUCAGAAUCACCCACCCCCACCCUCCAAGUGCCAUCAUGGGCUUUAACAGAUGAGAUCGAGAGAUGACACACUGAUCUCAGGUCUGUGCUGUGGACUACCAGCUAUCCUGGUUAAAAGGGAAAGUGGGCAUCUGAAGGGCAAGAGGGUCAAGGGAAGAGGGAAUUCUCAAAGGUGCUGUUGACACUAGAUGAGAAUGGACUGCACUGAUUGGGUUAAGUUAUUUUUUUGUUCUUGUUUUUAAACUUUAAACUCAAGGUUAACGUUUAUGGCAGUAUAUCUGUAUGCAUGAAUAUGGUGUCAAGAGUGGGAGUAGGAGAGGAAACACUUUGGUGUGAAGAUGCACUGGAAAACUGUCUCUUGUUGUUUAUGUAUUUUGUGUUUAUGUUGUUUCUGUAUUUAAAACAAUUUUUUUAUAGUGUGCCUGAUCAAUGCCCUAAACCUUUUCACCUCAAGAACUUAAUACUACUAAUAAAAGCGCCUUUUCCCAAAUA